AUGUCCAGCCUUGGUGAACGCAAUGAGCUUGAGGUCUCCGUUGAAGAUGACUUGAACGCAAUACAUGGUUAUAAAGGGGCUUUGAACAAUCCAAAAGUCACAGAUAAAGCCAAGCAUCAUGCGGCAGAUAUCAUUGGAAACGAAACUGGGUGGAGUCCGCCUCUUCAUCGCUUUUCUGGUGCCUUUGGUGAUCACUGCAGAGACUGA